AUGGCUGCUCCGUUGGAGUUUAUCAAUCCGGCCUACAGACCGUUCGAUCAAUCCAAUUCGAGCAAUGAGAGUAAGAAAGGGACGAUUCUCGAGAUUCUCGAGAAAAACUUUGCGCCGUCCGACACCACCGAUUUGGUUUUUGUGUGUGAGGGAAAGAAACUUCACGUCAAUAAACAGGUACAUUCCGGGAAUACACGUUUCAAAAAUUGCCAGCCAAUUUCAGUUUCUCUGCUUCCAUUCUAACUUUUUCCGAAUUUUUCUGGUGCCCGGCCUCGCGUACGUCGGAGACUGUGCCCUGCCGGUCACCGCUUUCAGCUACGCAUGCUUCGGCUCGUUUCUGAGCCUCUUCUACCCGAACGCGGUGCUUCCGAGCCGCGAGUACGUCGACCAGCAUUUGCAGUUGGCGAAAAGUUUGCAGAUGCCCGCGGCGACCAAGCUUCUCGAGCAGUUUCUCAUUUUGAGCCGCGACAGCUUGCAAACGGAGAAGCUGAGACUCGCCGACAAGUACGAUCUGAGCGCGUUGAUGGAUUCGGUGCUCGAGGAUCUGAACUCCGAGGACGAGGUGAAGAGUGUGCUCAAACGGUUGCGUAACGUUGAGCUUAAGGAUUCCACCAAGGUCAAGCUUUUCAAUCUAUUGUGAGUCAACCCAUUUACCCGAUCAAAACAUGCGGUUCCAGGUUCGUCCCGGCACCACAUUUCAAGAAUAUAGAUGCUCAAAUCCCACCGAUGGCUCCGACUGUUCUUCAGAAUCUUCUCAUCAGAAAUUUCGCCUAUUCCGCCGGGCACACCGACGCGAUUCUGUUGGUCGGAGACGACUGUUUGCACGUGAACAAAGCGUUCCUCUCGUUCCACUCGGGCUUCUUCGCCGGACUGUUUGGAGGCAACUUCAUGGAAAAUUAUACGUCAAACUUUAGAAUCAACGAAGUCUCGUCUGUGGAUCUAGGAUCUCUUCUCAGCUUUCUGUACCCUAAUUCGGUUCUUCCAAAUGGUAGGCACCACAAAACGCCUUUCCCUUCUACAUAAUCAAAACGUUCAGCUCAAAACAUCGAAAAGCUGCUCGAGCUGGCGGACCGUUUUCUGAUGCCCGGAGUGCUCAAACAUCUCGAGCAGUUCCUUGUGCUCAGCAAGGACGUGACUGCUCUUUAUAAACUCAUCUACGCUAAUCAAUACAAUCUCCCGUGCCUAAUGAGCAAGACUCUCAAGUCGAUGAAGACCAAGGGCGAGACGGCGUUCACGAUAGUGAUUAUCGCUUCGAGGGCCGGCGGAAUUCAGGAUCAAAUGAUGCGUCUCAUCGUCGAUCAUCUCAACUCUGUUUAAAACAUUUUAUUCUCACAUGCAAUAAAAUGUCAAUCCAAAUCAUAUGUAAUCUGUAAUCGUAUACAAAACAUCUCAAUUGUACCUUUCUCAUUUUCCUCAUUUUCCCGCUAAUCACAUUUUUGCAGCACGUAUCGUCGUAACUCCUACCGUGGACAGUAUGAUAGAUAUCGUCAUCCGAGAGGCUUCCGCCCCGAAUGGAUAAUUUCCGAACAUAAAUCGCAGAGAAUCGUGAAGGACAACUUCGCGCCGUCCGAGAAAACCAACACGGUUCUACUGGUCGGCAAUAAGAAAAUGCACGUCAACAAAGAGGUCAGGCCCAAAUAGUAUAUCGCAAAAACUAAAACUUCUGUUUUACAGAUGCUCUCCUUCCAAUCCGACUUCUUUAAGCGGCUUUUCGACGGCGAUCACAAGGAAAUGGUCGAGGUGCCGAUUGAAGGCGUCACCUUUCUCGAGCUUCGUACGUUCUUCCGUUCGUAUCGUUAUUGA